CGGGACUGUUUGUUCUGGAUUUGGGGCGAGGAAGGGCUCCGAGCGCUGACAACCGACUGAAGAAGGUGUGACACUCUGCCGUCUUUCAGUGAGUUGUUGUUUCCUUGCCCCCACAGCGUGCCACUGACCAACCUCCUGUGUUAGCUCAGGAAAUCGCCAUCUCACCAACUGAGAUAUGGUCACACAAUUGGAUUAGGCCACAGCUGCACGGCAACAAACAUAGAGUCGAGUGCGGAGUGUAAUGGCCUGAGGGGGGUUCCCCCAGUCCCACCUGCCCCUGCCAGGUCCAGUCUGCCUAAACUGUCUGCUCAGCCACUGCAACCCACCACUGCGAUGGGAGACGGACUGGAGGCAGGCAGCAGCCAGAACCCUCCCUCUGCCCCACCACCUCUCCCCUUCAACCCUCCACCACCUGAAACAUGGAACUCCUCCAGACCCAAACGACAGACCAACCAGCUACAGUACCUGCUUAAAGUGGUGUUGAAGACAUUAUGGAAGCACCACUUUGCAUGGCCCUUCCAAGCUCCUGUAGAUGCCAUCAAACUCAAUUUGCCUGACUACUACAAGAUCAUCAAGACUCCUAUGGACAUGGGCACGAUAAAGAAACGCCUGGAGAACAACUACUACUGGAACGCCCAGGAGUGCAUCCAAGACUUCAACACGAUGUUCACAAACUGCUACAUCUACAACAAGCCUGGGGAUGAUAUUGUCCUAAUGGCAGAGGCCUUGGAAAAGCUCUUCCUAGAAAAGAUUGCAGAGAUGCCGCAGGAGGAGACAGAGAUUGCUGUGGUGUCCAAGGGACGGCGUGGCAACAGACGGGAGCCAGGUCUGAUCUCAAAGUCAGACUCGGGCCAAGACUCAUCGUCCCCCUCCACCACCCCACAUACACGAGGCUUUUCAUCCCCGUCAACCACCCCGCAGCCCCGUCCUGCACCUGCCCCUCAAGGCCCUCCAAUUCUGCCCCUCGCUCAGCCUCUGGUCCAGCCUCUGGUCCAGCCGCUGGUCCAGCCUCUGGUCCAGCCUCUGGUCCAGCCACUGGUCCAGCCACUGGUCCAGCCUCUGGUCCAGCCUCUGAUCCAGCCUCAGCCUCCCCCACGCGUGCCUCCUACACCCACCUCCCACGCCCAUCUGGGACCCCCAUUCCCCCUCUCAACUCCAGAUGUCCUGGCCCAAGGUCUGACCUCGGUUCCCCCGACACACCCAGGCCUCCAUCCUGCCCCGAUGCUGCAGAGCUCCCCCGCCCCCAUCAAGCAAAGGAAGAGCCAGAAGAGGAAAGCAGACACCACCACCCCCACAGCCAACGACCAGCUCAGUGAAUCAUCUCCCGUCUCUGCUGAGGCUCGGCCGCGCCGAGACAGCAUUCGUCCGUCAAAGCAACCCAAAAGAGACGCAUCACAGCCGGACUCUCAACAUCACCUGGGUGCUGGUUUGGAGACGGGAGGGAUGGGAACGCCGAAACGUCAGGAUCAGUUGCGGUCCUGCGCGCGCCUUGUCAGAGAGAUGCUGUCCAAGAAACACGUGUCAUACGCCUGGCCUUUCUACAAGCCUGUUGACGUAAAAGCUCUUGGCCUCCACGACUACCACGACAUCAUCAAGCACCCCAUGGAUCUCAGCACCAUCAAGAAAAAGCUGGACAACAGACAGUACAGAGACGCUCAAGAAUUUGCAGCAGAUGUCAGGUUGAUGUUCUCCAACUGUUACAAGUACAAUCCUCCAGACCACGAUGUGGUUGCCAUGGCACGCAAAUUACAGGACGUGUUUGAGAUGCGUUUUGCCAAAAUGCCUGAUGAGCCAGAGGAGCCCACCCCUGUUCCCACCCCGUCAUCGGCCCUCCACCCUGCCCCCUCCACUCGACAAGCCCCGCCUCCUUCUGCUGUCUCGGAAGAAGACAGCUCCAGUUCCUCCGAAUCGGAGUCCUCGGGAGGAGACUCAGAACACGAAAGGCAACAGCGAUUGGCUGAGUUACAGGAACAGCUUAAAGCUGUCCAUGAACAGCUGGCGGCACUCUCCCAGCCGCAGGCCAGCAAGCCCAAGAAGAAAGAGAGGGAGAAGAAGGAGAAGAAGAAAGAAAAGCACAAGAAGAAGGUGGGAGCAGAGGAAACUGUGGACGCCCCUCCGCCUGCGAUGCUUCAGACUCCUAAGAAGAGCAAGAGCAGCAAGGAGCCAAUCAUCGUGAAGAAGGACAGGAAAAAGCCCGGUAAGAAAGAAGGAGUUAAAAACAGCCGCCCAGCUGUGCCCCCUCCGCCUGGGCCAACCCCUCUCGUCCCCUCAGCCUCUCUUGAAGCAGAGGAUGACAUAGAUGUAUUUGGGGGUGUGUCCUCCGAGAGAUGCAAGCCGAUGUCGUACGAGGAGAAGCGCCAGCUGAGCCUGGACAUCAACAAGUUACCCGGCGACAAACUGGGCCGCGUCGUGCACAUAAUCCAAACGCGCGAGCCUUCGCUUAAGAACUCAAACCCGGACGAGAUUGAGAUCGACUUCGAGACGCUGAAGCCUUCCACGUUGAGAGAGCUGGAGAAAUACGUCUCCAGCUGCCUCAGGAAGAAGAAAAAACCAUCAGUAGAGAAGCCUCUGGAAAUGACAAAUGUGACAAAGAUGAAGACGGGAUCCUCAUCUUCAGGCAGCAGCGACUCCUCUGAUAGUGAAGACUCUGAGAAUGGGCUGGUUCCCAAACAGCAGAAGAAGACCUCAACUAACAAAGACACCAAGAGACCACACCACCAGUCCCUCAGUAGUGGAGUUGGCCCAGUCCCUCCUCAGCCUCAGACUCAGCCUCAAGUCACCUCCAAACCACCAUUUGUCCCUCCUCCCUCUGUCCCUGUCCCUGUCUCUGUCCCAUCUCUGGACACACAGCUGUUGACCACAGGAUUUGAUCCUCUGGCUCACUUCAUGAACCCACACCUGACGCAGUCAAACACGGAGCCCAAUCCAACCAUUACUACUGCCGGCCCCCCCGUCACGUCUGGCCUCCUCAACACAAACACACCCAGCAGCCAGACGCCCACUGAGACGCACCCCUUCCUUAACCAACAUCCCAUCAUACCGUCACCGGCGAUCCACAGUGCUCUUCCCCAGCAACCGUCAAGACCUAGCAACCGCGCAGCACCACUUCCUCCCAAACCCCCACAGCCUCCCCCGUCCUCGCUCCCCUCCCUGCCUCCAUCCCCCUCACCCCAGCUUCAGCCCUCGCUUCCCCUCACCCUUCCCCAGCCGGUGCCUCGCCCUCGCGUCCCCUCACCCACAUCACACGGCAUCUUGGGCACCCUCUCGGCACAACCUCCUCAGGCCCUGCUGGAGGACGACGAAGAGCCGACGCCCACCAGUUCUGAAACCCCGCCCCUCAGCCAGGUGCACACCUUCCUGCAGUCUCUCCAGGCUCGGCCCGCCACGCAGACCCAGCCACUGCACGCCCACACGCAUUCGCCAGUGCAGGCCGCUUCUCAGCUGGUGCCGUCAUUGCACACGCAGGCUAUGACGACACCCACCCCCGCGCUGACGCAGAGACACAGCUCAGGCCACGCGCACAUGCAGCAGCCGUUCCCGCACACGCACACGUCAACAUCACAGCAGCAGAAGGGGGUGGCCCUGCAGCAGAAGGUACAACAGAUGCAGCAACAUCAGCAACAGCCAUCACCACGCAGUAAAGCUGAGCUUUUCUCAACAGGUUGCCUGCGUGAGAGCCCCUCUCCCCUGAUGAUGCAUUCUCCUCAGAUGCCUCAGUUCCAUACAAUGGGACAGCAGUCACCCCCACAGACCAAGAAACAUGAGCAGAGGUCCAACCUGGUGGGGGUCAAAGAAGAGAAGCCUUCCCAGUCGCCAGUCCUUCCCCCCUCACCCUUCAGCCCUGCCAUGCGUCAGGACACACACAAACCCGACAACAAACACAGAUUAGAUCUGAAGCCAUUGGAUGGUUCUCGCCCUGGUUCUCGCCUCCUGGACUCCCCAGCACCGCCCUGCUCCCAGCAAGACAACAAAAUCAAGCAAGAACCCAAAACUCCCAUCGCUCCUAAGAAGACACAGGACGUGAAGAUAAAGAACAUGGGUUCUUGGGCGAGCCUGGCUCAGAGGUCCCAGUCCACGCCGGCCUCCUCUGUUCGCUCCUCCAGCGACAGCUUCGAACAGUUCAGACGGGCCGCCAGGGAGAAGGAGGAGAGAGAGAGACAGCUGAAAGCACAGGCUGAACAGGCCAGGAGAGAGCAAGAAAAGCUACGCCGUGACGACGAGGACACAAUGGAGCAAGCUCGUCGAGCUCAGGAAGAUGCCCGCCGUCGCCAGGAGCAACAAUCACCACUUGCUCCCACACCUCCAGCUUCAACCCCACCUACUCACUCUCCGCAGGCUCCACCAACACAGCCUCAAGCCCCGCCCCCAUCGUCCUCAGCUGCACAGAACGCUCUCGACCAGCAGAGGGAGAUGGCGCGCCGCCGCGAGCAAGAGAGGCGCAGGAGAGAGGCGAUGGCCGACACCAUUGAUAUAAACUUCCAGAGCGACCUGAUGGCCAUUUUUGAAGAGAACCUGUUCUGAGGGGGAAAAAAGAGGGUGAUGGGAGUGAGAGAACGGACCUAUAGACACACAUAAGAAAAUUUAUAAAAUGCAUAUAGACCACAAUGCUCUGAUACACAUGGUCGCUGCUCAUACAAAUGCAAACACACACACACACACACACACACACACACACACACACACUCACCCACCCACUUAAUAGUAACUGUCCCUUUCUCUCAGUAGCAGCUGGCUUGUGUCAUGUGAACGAGAGGAGGGGGGAAGUGAAAGUGAAAGAAGCAACCCUCUUUUCCUCCAACCUCAGAUACGUUUUGGUGUCUGGCUUGGUGUUUACGGUUGUUGGUUCUGUGUCUUCAAUUACGACAGAUGGAAAACAGACACUGAAAAAAAUCAGACAGACAGUCAGCUCCCUCGUGGAAAAUAAGAAUGACAGAAAAGGAGGGGACUUUUACAUUUAAAAAAAAUUAUGGCGAUGAUGAUGGUGAUGAUGAGUAGGAUUUUAAUUUAAGUGAGAAUUACGGAAACCUCAUUCUCUGUCUGAGAAGAGAGAAAGGGGUUUAAAAGGAACGGGUGAACAAAUUACAAACGGACAGAUCACUUUGCUCUGGUUUUUUUUCUUCUCUCCUAAUCUUGUCUCUAUAAUUUUUAUUUUAAGUUUGAAUUUUAACUGGGAGGGUUGGGGGCUGGUGUGGUCGAGUUUGUCAGGCUCAGCGGUCAUCUGAGAGUCGGUUGUUAUCUCAGGACACGGUGGAAAACGAAACACAGCGGCCACAGUCACACACUUUUCUAAAACAUCCUUCCUCCCUUCACUUCCUGCUACUGCUCCCUCCUCAGUCAUGAACCGAAGCGGCGGAGGAGGAGGAGGUUUUUCGGCGACGCUCGGGUCGCGUGUACAAAUUCAGACGAGAGAGGGUGAUGAGGAAGGAGCGAUGGCGUUAUAAAAGUUUCAGAGUGUGUCCUUUGCCUUAGCGCUCUGGCCUGUAAACUACCGAUCACACCCGACAAAUUAUACAUAUUAUAUAUAAAUAGAUACAUGAAUAUAUAUUAUAUACAAGGAAAAGUCAAGGAAAAAGAACAUGAGAGGGAUUUGGUUUGCGGGGAGCAAAGCUCGUCUCGGUGUUCAUCUCUAAGCUCUGGUUUUGAUUUUGUAGAAUUUACUGUAAAGAAGAAGAAAAAACUUUUUUAUGAUUCUAUUGAGAGGAUUGUUUCGUCUGUCUUUUUCUCUCUCCUUCCUUUAAUGUUUCUGUUUUUUCUCGACUCUAUGCCAAAACCAAUCUAUUGAGUGCUGAAAGUUCAUUCACAUUUUUUACAUGUAAAAUGCAUUUUCUUUUCACUUUAUAUUAAAGGCUACAUUUUUAUUGCUAUUUAAUUUUCCUUUAUCCCCCUUUUAAAUCCGUAAAGUUAUGCAGCAGUUUGCUCUGUAAUAGUUUGAGGAAGCGGUUCCAAAAUCAUUGAUUAUGCCCCAUCAUUCUGUAGUUGUCCGAUAAAUCUGCACUUAAAUGUUUCAUUACUUAACAUCUUUAUUUUAUUUUAUUUUUUUUCAUUAUUUCUUCUCAUCAUGUACGUGUUUUUUGUCUUUUCUUAGCCGUCUCGUCCACCACUAUCUCCUUCACAGCUCCUGCAGUCUGUAUAAUAGAUUCUUUGUUAAUUGUCAUUCUGUCUUUUAGUUUUUACUUUUGAUAUGUUUUUAUCGUCCAUGGUAACAGUUUUGGGAUGUCGUGUGCCAUCGUGUUUUUCUGGAGGCGGGAGCUUUUCCCGGCUCCUGUAGGUUGGCCCAGAGAUCUGUGAGUGUUUUCAACUCUAUAAUCACUUUUUUUUUUCUUUCUUUUUUUUCUUUUUCUUUUUUUUUUAAAUGUUUCAUUCAUUUCUUUUCCCAUUUCAUAUUUGAUUGUUUUGAGUUUAUUUUGUUUUGUUUUUUCCUUUUGCUAUCUUCCUAUGAUUUAUUUUACCCAGGACAACCUGUUGGUAUGUCAGCGAGUGAGGCAUUGAGGUCAAUAGAUUCAUCUUGUUCAGAGUAUCAACAUCUUUUUUUAAGAAAAGUAUUAAAAUAAUAUUUAAAAAAAACUUUAUUUUGGUGCUUAGGUUUUUUUUUGUCUUCUCCACUGUGAGAGUUAUUCACACAUGGCACUGUAUUUAUGUGGUACAGUGAACUCUGCUUUAACUAUCCAGUGUCAGCCAGGAGGGGGAGCUAUAGAGAGAGAAACGUCAGCUACAGUUUGGUUUCUCAUUCACAGGUACUUGAUAAAAACUUCAUGGUCAAAAGUAUGUGGACUGGCUGUUAGCUGUAAGCUCCUUAGUGCCAAUUAGGGCUGAUCUUAAAGCUACAGGAUACAAUGAUCUUUUUAGACGGUUUUACUAGUAGUUUGGACUCUUAGUGUGGAAGAACUUGACUGCACAGAGCCCUGACCCCAACCCCACCCAACACUGAACCAGGUCUCACCUCCCCACAUCAGAGCUCAACCUCACUAAUGCAGCCCGAGACAGACAGACGGCUUAAUAUCAGUGGUUUUGGAAUGGGAUGUUCCACCACCGCAUAAGGAAGUGAUGUUGUGUUGUCCACAUACUUUUGGCCAGAUAAGCAUAUUUGCAGUCGGUGUCCCUGAAACACUGAUUUGCAAAUGGAGAUGUGAGUAGAGCUCAGCUGAUACUGGAUUUUUAAGUCUGAUACUGAUGUAAAUAUUUGAGAGUAAUAAAAAUCUGAAAACGAUGAAAAAUAAACGUUUUAUUUGUUUA